AUGACCACAGGAAAGAUCACCUUCUACGAGGACCGCGGCUUCCAGGGCCGCCGCUACGAGUGCAGCGGCGACCACGCCAACCUGCAGCCCUGCUUCAGCCGCUGCGCCUCCAUCCGCGUGGACGGCGGCUGCUGGAUGCUCUACGAGCACCCCAACUACCAGGGCCACCAGUGCUUCCUGCGGCGCGGCGACCACCCCAACCCCCACCCCGACUCGGUGGGCUCCUGCCAGCUCAUCCCCCAAACGGGCUCCCAUCGGCUGCGGCUGUAUGACAGAAAGGACCACACAGGCCUCGUGAUGGAGCUGAGCGAGGUGAACUGCCUCCAGGACCGCUUCCAGCGGAGUGAGGGCCGCUCCCUCCACAUGCUGGAGGGCUGCGGGGUCCUCUGCGAGAGGCCCGGCUACCAAGGACGCCUGUACCUGCUGAGGCCCCAAGAGAACAGGCACUGCCAGGACUGGGGAGCCGUGGGUGCUAAGGCUGGCUCUUUGCGGAGGGCGGUGGAUUUAUACUAA